AUACAUACGUAAAUUGGAAAGCAUUACACGAAAGCGGACUUGGACUUUGACAUUUCAAUCAACUAGAUUUUAAACUGUAAUCGAGUAGGAAAUUGAGACAAUCAGGACAAGAACAGCUUUAUAGCUGUUGACCCUGAACCAACGUAGACUUGUAGUUCCUACUCUCCCUUCGAACAAAACGAUACAAAUCUAAAAAUGUCUGAAAAAAGCAGCCCAGUUAAAUACUUUUUAAGUGGUGGAUUCGGUGGUGUAUGCACAGUGUUAGCUGGUCAUCCCAUGGAUACAGUGAAAGUAAGAUUGCAAACUAUGCCACUGCCGAAGCCGGGCGAAACGCCUUUGUACAGCGGUACUUUCGACUGCUUCAAGAAAACUAUCAAUAAGGAAGGUUUUCGUGGUUUGUACAAGGGCAUGUCGGCGCCCUUGACCGGGGUAGCGCCCAUUUUCGCGAUCAGUUUCUUCGGAUUCGGGCUCGGUAAGAGGCUUAUAGCUCGUUCUGAGGACCAUGUGCUUUCUAAGCCGGAGCUGUUCGCCGCGGGCGCCUUCUCGGGCAUCUUCACGACGUCCAUCAUGGCGCCUGGCGAGCGGAUCAAGUGCCUGCUGCAGAUCCAGCAGGGUGGCAACGCGCCGCAGAAGUACGCUGGCAUGGUUGACUGCGCCAGACAGCUAUACCGGGAGGGCGGCAUGAGGAGCAUCUACAAGGGCAGUGUAGCAACUAUUUUAAGAGAUGUGCCAGCCAGUGGUAUGUACUUCAUGACCUAUGAAUGGGUGAAAGAAGUGUUGGUGCCAGCCGAUGCGAGCUCUAAAAUGAAAAUGCUGGCCACUAUAGUUGCUGGUGGUUGCGCUGGGAUAGCUAACUGGCUUGUAGGCAUGCCAGCUGAUGUGUUGAAGAGUAGGCUGCAGACGGCACCUGAGGGAACAUAUCCUAAUGGUAUGCGAGAUGUGUUCAAGCAGCUCAUGGAACGAGAAGGCCCGACAGCCCUGUACAAAGGUGUAACUCCCGUCAUGCUCCGAGCGUUCCCAGCUAAUGCAGCAUGCUUUGUUGGCUUUGAGCUAGCCAUUAACUUCUUGGACUGGGUUGCACCAAACCUUUGAUAGUGUUAUAAGGAACUAAAUCAACAAGAAUUAUUUGUACAGUAUACUAGUAUAAGAUUCCUCUAAGUUUUAAAUACAAUGUAAUAGAAAAAUGUAAAUCAGAUAUAUUUUUUUGGCUCGACUCAUGACAGUGCUACUUGCACUUGAUGCCAAAAUAAACAAGCUUUAUUUGGCAGAUAGUAUUUGUAAGAGAUCAUGUUUAUUUUUUACUACUAAUUGUUUACAUCACUGCCUAAUGUUACUAGGUGUUAUUUAAAAGAAAAUGUAUAUAAUUACUAGAUUUCUCCCUUAUAAAGCUUAUCAGUUUUGAUAAAUAUCCUCAGUGCUAGGAUUCUAUUGUAUACUAAAGUAUAUAACCUUAGUGCUUGAAGAAUGAAACUGUUUAGCAUUAUAAAGGUCUCAACCUAAGCCACAAAUAGUGAUAUAUUUUUAAUGUAUGUAAUUGUUUCCUUUAGCGUUUAUAUAAUGUUAUUACAGACAAUAGAAUAUAACAGAUUAUAUGACAGAUAUGGUUUAAGUGCCUUGUAUUACACAUAUUUACCAAGAUAUUGUGUAUCUUUAACUCCUUAUACUUGACUGCAGAUUACAGAUACCAAUUGUGUAGAAUUGUAGAUAAAGACAGUUAUCAAUAUUAACCUUUGUCAAAAAUCGUGGGUUCAAACCUCAGUUGUGAUGUAUAGAGCAGAAAAAAAUAUUCUCGAAUAAAUACAAAAUAUGUCUAAAAAUUAGGUCAGGAUCCUUAUUAUACACAGAAAAGGUUAAUUAACUAAUUUUUGUUUAUUGUAUAUUAUAUUCUAUAUAUUAUCUUGUAGUCUCAGUAAAUUGCACAAACUACUUAAAACAAAACUUAUAAAAAUACAACAAACAACAUGUCCAUACUUGCAAAUAUUUAUUCAUCAAUCAUCAGUCAUUUAUUACUUCAUAAUAACUUGAAAAUUUUAGUAAAACUCCCUUCUGAAAUUGA